UAUAGGUUAUGGCAACUGUCAUUGUUGCCACAAAUAAACAAUUAAUCAACAAACAACAUCGUAUUUUGACAGUCAUAAUAAUUUUAUCUUAUAAUUAAAGAAACAAGUGUUUUUAAUAUAAUAACAUGAAAGAGGACAACGAAGCAAUUGGUAUGGCAGAACUUCCAGCUGUGGUCGGCGCUUUAUUAGAUGUUUUAUUAAAUGAUAAAAAUGAAGGAGUUGAACAAUCUGUCAUUGAAUCAAUUCGACAAUUAUCAGAUGAAUAUCCUGCUAUUGUUAUUCAGGCAGCUGUUUAUUUUUGGGAACUUCAUAGAAAGAUGUCUUCGGAACAAACAAUAGCUUUAUUAAAAAUAAUAACGGAAGGCUUAAAAGAGACAGCAUUUUUAGAUGAUGAAUCAGCAUCAAAAGUUGCUAAAUUAGCUCUAGAUGAAUUGCAUGGUGAUAUGGAAGAUCAAGCCUCACAAUUACUGGUUGCAUUGAGCAAAGCAUAUUGUAAACAAGCUAUGAGUGAUGUAAUAGCCAGAUUCAGUUUAUCGGAAAUACCAAAUCAAGCUAUUGUAAAAGUAGUUGGUCUAAUAGCAAUUAAUAAUGCUCACGAUACAAUAUCAUAUAUUCGUAUUUUUUUAAAUUUAUUAAUGCCUGUGAUGCAUCGAAUACACGAUCAACAAUUAAAAAUUGCAAUAUGUUUUACUCUUGGAAAAUUUGCCGAGGCAAUAAACGAUUAUUUUAUAAAUAAUGAGGAGCCACAAAAUUCGGAAAAUGAAAUUGUUGGCGAAUUUAAAGAAAAUUCACAAAAAAAUAUGAAUCUUGAUCUUGAAAUUACAAUGAUGAAAAAUAUACUUUUUAAUACAAUGAUUGAUAGUUGGUUACGAGGGAGUCGAGAUUCUCAAAUAAUUGAAGGUGUAUUAGUUACAAUAAGUUCACUUUUACCACUUCUUCCGAAAAAUUCCAAUCAUAACGAUACUGUUAAGUUGAUUCCAAUUCUUUUAAAUCUUUGUAAAAAAUUCGCCAACAUUCGUCUGGCCAUUUCGAGAGUACUUGCGGUAAUAUUGAGCGCUGCUACAGAAGUAGACAAGGAAAAUUUACGUCAAUACUUGGAGAAUAUUCAUCAAGUAUUAUUUGAAUAUAUUUGUAUUACACCUUUCACAGUGAGUCGUGAUACACUUUUAACACAUUACGAAGUUUUGAAAUGUUUUCAUGCAAUAGUCAUUCUUUAUCCCGAAGAAGGCUUAGAUAGAAUUCUAUCAAGUUUAAAAUCUCAUUCUGUAACGAUUCGUUCACGAGCUUUGAUGGUCCUGAAACAUUUGAUAAAUGCACUUCCUGAAGAAAAUGAUACGUCAAUGCAAAGAAUUGCUUUGAGCUUGCAAGACUCUCUUGGAGAAAGUAGUGCUCAUCAAAUGGUCGGUGCAAUUGUCGCUUUAAUGGCACGUCCAAAUCUCUCACUUCUUCCAUCUCAAAGAGCUACUUACAUUCGCUUUAUGGUAACGAAUUGCGCGGCAAAAAAUGAAGAGGCACUUGCUUACGAUGAAGCUCUUCAUCUUUUAUCGAGCACUGUUGAAGGAGUGGAAACCUGGCUAUGGCCAUCGUUAAUUUCGGCUUUGUUAGAUCCCCUUUGCACUUUAUCCGCAAAUUCUGUAUUAAGAGCUCUUUCACCACUCGCUGGAAAAGUAAUACGCGAUGAAAACAUAAAUAUUGUACAAAAAGAUUUUCCAAGUAUAAAAGUAUUAAGUCGAUGUCUUGAACUUUUGGAAGAGAAAAAAAAUCGAAUUGCUGUUUUGAAUUUUUUACGAUCAGCAUCUCCUCUUUUGGGUCACAUGCUCAAGCCCAAAUGGGAUAUAAAAUUACAGGAACUCAUGGAAAUUCUCGAAGAGGAUGUAACAUCACAAUUAUCAAAUGAAAGGACAUUGAAAUGGGAGGAACGACUCGUUGAAUUUUUAGAGGAAAGUGUACAGGCCGAAGGUGAAAAUUGGAGUAAAAAUUUAGCUGAUGAAUUAGCGAGAAAAAUAACUGCACCGCAUAUUGGACCAUUAUUAGGCGCUGUUACAGCCGAUAUUAUACAUUUUAAUACAUUAAUUGCAUUUUCACGAUUACAUACUACAAAUAAUUCAGGCGAAUAUUCACGAGCUAUUGGAAUUUGUGCGAAACGUCAUUUAGAAAUUAUAUUAAAAUUAAUGGAAGAUUCUUGUAAUAUUGAAGAUUCACGUAAACAACCAGUGAAAUUAUUGGGUCUUGUUAAAGAUGUGAAAGCAUUAAUUACAGCUGAACAUGCAAAAGCUGGAUUAUUAAAAUGUUAUGCAGAAAUUAUGCGCAAAGGAAAUGCGGAAAUUUUAUUCCCUGAAAUUGAAAGACAUAUUUUACCAUGGAUUAUUCGUCAGUUACAUGAUUGUAAAGAAAUAAUGGCAAAAGAAGCGGGUUUAAUUGCCUUGGAACAAGUGGGAAAAGUAGUUCUUUCUAUGCCGCAAACUGAUUCUCCAGGACUGAAGACAAAAGCCAAUGCUCUUGCUAGUUUAUUGGCACUUCUUCAAUCACCUUCUGGUUAUCGACCAUUACAACUUUAUUCUCUCAUUCUACAAGCAAUGAUCUCUUUAUUAAAAGUACCACCAAAGUUAAAUCAAGAGGAGAAAGAAAUUCUAAUUAGCACAAUGCUGGACAAAAUGAUUGCUACUAGUUCUGAGAUUGCCACCAUGUUAUCUCCUAAAGUUACACAAAGUAUCAUAACAGAAUUGGGAACAGUUUGUGGUGAAAUUAUAACAGACUCAGCUGACAUGUUGGCGGAAGUUGUUGAAAUACUUACACCAUGGAUGCAAUCAAAAUCGACAGCCGAGCGUAAAAUGACGUUAAUUGUCCUCAGAUAUACGUUAAGAUCAUAUCAUGACUCCUUAAAAUAUACAUUCCCAGGAGGGAAAUUAGAACCAGGAAAACUUCUUGGACGUAUUUUAUCAUGGAGCGCAGAUCCUGAACCAACUUUACGAACAUUGGUGAUUGAUUGCGUUAUUUUAUCACUAAGUAUUGGUGCCCGACAUCGUUCAAUAUUGCCCGACAAUAAUUUAAAUCAAGAUCUUAAUGAGACGAAAAAAAUAAUUGUUAACGAAGAUCCUAAAUUACUUUACGAAGGUGUUAAGAAUUUAUCAGUGGUUGCUUGUGAAAGAAUAGCGAGUGGCGAAGUUGUUAGUCUUGCAGAAGGUCUAAUAGAAGGUUUACUUUUUCGUGGAGAAGGUGGUUUAGCAGCUGGAAUUGCUUUAGCGGAACUUUUUAAAAUUCGUGGCGCUGAAAUUCCUCGCUCGAGUGUUUCUUUAAUUGAUAAUAUAAUAAGCCAAAUGAGACUGAUGGAAAACGUGAGUUGUUUACGUAAUGCAGCGAUGACAAUUAAAUUUCUCAUGAAACAUCAUUCGCAAAUUGUUCUCGAGCAUUUGCUUCAUCAACCAUUGCCAUUGGAUCGAGGAACGCAGGAAUGUUGGAAAGAACUUGGAACACAUGAGGAAUUUGGCCUGCAAACCCUUGGAAUUCUUUUGGAUCGUCUGGAGAAUAAUAGUGUAUUAUCGGAUAAUACAUCGAAUUCUGGAAAAGAUCAAACGGCAACAUUUUCAUCAUUAGCAGCAAUUGUUGCUUUGGGUUAUCUUCUUCAAUCACCAAAUUCGGAAAUUUUAAUUGAACAUCAAUUGUCAAAACUUCUUGGUGUAUUAUUAAAGUACUUAUCUGGAUGGAUACACGUAGAUGCGCCUAUUUCAAUUACAAAUACAAAAUUUGGAUUUGUUCCCAAUAGAGAGUCAUCGAAAAUAAAUCCCCAUCGUGAAGUUUAUUCGGUGCUCGUUAAUGUAUUAACUGCCGUUGAUUCACAUACUGCAUCAGGUUUAUUAAACAACACAGAAUUUGAUUCAACAUCGGAAGCUGAAGAUAAUUUGGUAUCAAUAGUACAUUCAGUAAUUCGAUGUUUGUCGGAUAAAAAUGAAAUUAUGAUAAAUUUGGCACGUUCUAUUGAGAAAUUAAUGACAAGUAUAAUUCCAAUUCAAAGAGCAAUGGCUACUGCAUUUUAUGCAGAACUUGUGGGUAAAGUGAAUCAUGAUUCGAUUUGGCUUGAUGGAAUAAUUAAUACUCUACAUGAAGCGAGAGCCGAUUCUUCUCCAUUAGUUCGAAAAUUGGCUUUAAUUGGACUCACGCAUAUCUCAUAUCUUAAACCUAAACAGAUUAAUGAAUAUUUUGAUAAUACAAUGUCAGCUUUAUUGGAAGGUUUAGAGGAACCAUCGGGUGCAUCUGAUGUUAUUCUUGAAUCAUUGAAUGGACUUUCAAUUAUGUUGUCGAUAAAAAUUGGAAGACCUGUGAGUCCAAGGAUAAUACUCACAUUAAAGCCAUUUAUUGAGAAGGAAAAUUCAAAAUUAAGAUUAGCUGCCGUUAGUGCAUUAGAAGCGGCAGUUCGAAAUUGGCAAACAACAAUUGAUUCUGUUGAUGAUGAUAUAACUGAUCAACUUCUUAGUUGCAUUCCAUGUCUUGUGAUAAAACUUGAAGAUCCAAAUCUCGCUAUAAUUAUGUUUGUUCGAGAAAUUUUAUGCAAUUGCGGAAAACUUCUGCAAUGCGAGCCACUUGUGCGAGUAAUAAACAUUCAUCUUGGACCAAAUGUUAAUUUAAACGUUGAAAUAUUCCUUCGUGAAUUCGUACAAUGUUUACGAAAAGAAUUACCAAAGAGAGCCGAGGAACUCAGAAAUUCUGUUGUACGUGGUUAUUCACGGUCAGAAUUCACCUCGACACGAGCAACAUCUGCAUUGAUUUUAGGAUUUUUUGGACGUCCAACACCAGAGGAUGUCCAAAGAUUGUUGCAGUUAUUGCGUGACAAUGAUUCUCAUGUGAGAAGUCGAGCUGCUCAAGCUUUGGCACUUUGUUUUACAAUUUGAUUAAUUGACUAUAUAUAUUUUUUUAAAAAAAUACAACUCAGUGAUUUUUUUUUAAAGUAAAACUAGAAUUAAUCAAUUUUAUCAACAAAAAAAAUUUAUUUUAUUAAUUAUAGUAUAUAUAUAUCAUAAUAUAUAUAAAACUGUUGAUCAUACAACAUAUAUAUAUAUA